AUGAAAUUGAUAACUAUCUUCGCUCUUUGUGUAAUGCUGGACGUCGGAAACGCGCAGUUCGACUUUGGCCAGUUCUUCAAUCAACAGCAACAGUUGAACAUCGCGUACCCAAGAAUGUCGCAGGCCAGCUUCUACGGACAGCAGGUUCCGUUCCCACUAAACAACUACAACUACCGUCUCGAGGAAUGCGAAUGCUCUUGCGAUACAUGCUACGCUCCGAGGCCGUGCUGCGUCGACUUCUGCGCAAAAUGCGCGCAGGCGAACAGCCCGAGCGGCUACUUCUACUACCCGUAUCCGUACAUCGUCGUUCCCACACAAGUGACCUCAAAGGCAACUUCACGGACAACAACAACAGAAAUGUCGACAACAACUGCAGCGACAACGACAACAACGCCAACGACAAAAGUGCCUACAACAGAAGCGACCACAACUACGAUUUCCGAGACAACCGCGCCGGCGCCGCAACCGAUAAUGGAAUCUGUUGACGCCGAAACGUUUAGGCCGGAUCAUUUUUUGCACGACAAAUUUCUGAAGGAACUCGUUUAUAGCCCUACCUCUUUGAAACGCGACAACGAUAAGAUCGUAAUGACAGCGAUGAGGCGCACCAAGCCGAGAUGGAUGCCCAAAUACGGGAUUGUUCCCAUCCCCGACCAGAUUGCUGAGAAGCUUAUGCUGCGAAUAAGACAAAUGAAAGUUCUGCAUCCAGAGAUGGACACCAUUAGAAGAACUGAACCGAUGAAUCCA